GGCAGAAACAGAAACAGUCUUUAGGUUUUGCGAGAGGUUAGAGGAGCACCAGGCAGCGCAUGUGUGUGUAUGUGUGUGUGCGUACUCUCUGAGGUCUUCGGGUGUUGGAAGUGUAUGUUGUCGUAGAAGGAUUCUCAGACCCCUUGUUCCAGCAUGCUUACUGAGCCUGAGCUUCCUCAGGAGUUUAACAGGAUGUCUUCCAAGCGACCAGCCUCUCCAUAUGGGGGAACAGAUGGAGAGGUAGUCAUGGCGACGAGCAGACAGCGAUUGGACGAUGAAGAGGUUGACGGACAUGCUGUCAUUCACUUGCCCCUGAGUUCGUACUGCAGCAAAGUGUCCCCACGAUCUCCUCGUCUGCUCGACAGCCCCCCAGCACUACACACAAACAUGGAUCAGGAUGGCAGUAAAGGCCUGGCCCUGAGCCCCUAUCCCCAGUACAACUCGUCUACCUCACCCAGUAAACAGCAGCAGGAGGAGGGGUCCAUGCGGCCAGGGAGUGAUCCCAGCCUCAUCGCAGCUCUGGGAACACCAGAGCGACGCAAGGGCAGCCUGGCCGAUGUGGUAGACACGCUCAAACAGCGCAAGAUGGAGGAACUGAUCAAGAAUGAGCCCGAGGAGGCCCCCAGCAUUGAGAGGCUGUUGUCUAAGGACUGGAAGGACAAGCUAUUGGCCAUGGGUUCUGGCAACUUUGGAGAGAUCAAAGGCACCCCGGACAGCCUGGCGGACAAGGAGCGCCAGUUGAUGGGGAUGAUCACGCAGCUCAGCAGUCUCAGAGAGCAGCUACUGGCUGCCCAUGAGGAGCAGAAGAAACUGGCCGCCUCACAGAUCGAAAAACAGCGUCAGCAAAUGGAGCUCGCAAAACAGCAACAGGACCAGAUUGCACGACAACAGCAGCAACUUCUGCAGCAACAGCACAAAAUUAACCUCCUACAGCAACAGAUCCAACAGGUCCAGGGUCAGUUGCCUCCAUUGAUGAUACCUGUGUUUCCUCCAGAUCAGAGAACUUUGGCGGCUGCUGCAGCCCAACAAGGAUUUCUGAUUCCUCCAGGAUUUAACUACAAACCAGGCUGCAGUGACCCUUACCCUCUACAGCUGAUCCCUACUUCUAUGGCAGCUGCUGCUGCUGCUGCAACGCCUGGUCUCGGCCCUCUUCAGCUUCAGCAGUUGUAUGCAGCUCAGCUGGCUGCUAUGCAGGUGUCUCCGGGGGCCAAACACAGCACAGUGCCUCAGGCCAACCUGGCAACCGGCACGCUCUCGCCCACCAGCGGCCAGAGCGAGAAAAGCAGAAACACCCCACCACCAAAGCCCAAGGACGAGGGCGCUCAGCCCUUGAAUCUGUCGUCCAAGCCUAAGGCACCUGAGAGCAAGUCACCCACCUCCCCCGCUUCCCCACAGGUCCCUGCCCUGAAGCUGGGCCCCGGAUCCCUGAAGCACAGUGCCCCCUCCAGCAUCGGAGGACCGCCGUCCAGACUCAGCUCCAUAGAUCUGCUGUCGUCUAUCACCUCUGGCGGCUACCUGAACGAUCAUGAGGCUGUAACCAAAGCCUUCCAGGAGGCCCGACAGAUGAAGGAGCAGCUGAAGAGAGAGCAACAGGUUCUGGAUGCCAAGGUGGCAGCAGUCAACAGCCUGAGUCUCAACAAUGGACGCUCAGAGAAGGAUAAAGCAGCUCUGGAGAGCUUGAGCCAGCAGUUAAAGCAGUCUGAAGAGAGCAAGUUCACUCACGCAAUGAUGGACUUUGGCAUCAGUGGCGAUUCUGAUGGAAGUCCCAGUGUGUCGGACUCACGGAUCUUCAGAGAGGCUCGAGGGCGUGGCAGCAGUGAGCCGCACAUCAAGAGGCCCAUGAAUGCCUUCAUGGUCUGGGCUAAAGAUGAAAGGAGAAAGAUCCUACAAGCCUUUCCUGACAUGCACAACUCUAACAUCAGCAAGAUCCUUGGUUCUCGCUGGAAGGCCAUGACAAACCUGGAAAAGCAGCCAUACUAUGAAGAACAGGCCCGUCUUAGUAAGCAGCACCUUGAAAAGUACCCUGACUACAAAUACAAGCCACGGCCCAAACGCACCUGCCUGGUGGACGGCAAGAAGCUGCGCAUUGGCGAAUACAAAGCCAUCAUGCGCAACCGCAGACAGGAAAUGCGGCAGUAUUUCACUGUAGGGCAGCAGGCCCAGCUGCCCUUGUCACCAGCGGGCGUUGUGUACCCGAGCGCACUCUCGAUGGCGGGAAUGCCAUCUCCACAGAUGCCCUCUGAGCACUCGAGCAUGUCCAGUAGCCCUGAACCAGCCCCGCCUACCAGCCAGCCCUCAUACCUCAGCACCCACAAAAAGGAGGGGGCUCGGGUGAAACAGGAGGAUCUCCGAAUGAAUGACGGCAAUGGCGACGCCUACGAUGACUUCGACUACGAAGACGACGACGCCGACUAUGGCAGCGACAGCGAGAACCACAUCGUUCAGUAAACCUGCCAGUCACAGCCAUCUUACCAAUCACCUGGCAUCUCACACAAGAAAACGUUGUUCUGUCCCCAUACACUGUCCAAUCAGGACUCCUCCAGAGCCAAGCCCCUCCCACGGGAGUCUCGAUAAUGCAGCAAAGCACAGGACCUGUCAAUCAAAAUGACUGUUACAGGAAAAGGAGGGUCUUGUAGAGGAAGCGCAAAACUUGCCUUUGACUCCUGCUGAGCUAACAUACUACGGCAAGUUUGUUUCAAAUCACGAGUAAGCUACGACAACAGGACAAAUUGCAACCAGUUUGUUAUAGAGACAUUUAUUAUGAAAAUUAGAAACACGGACCUGUCAGUUGAUCUGUCAUUGACACUUUAAAAUGGUGGACCUGUUUGUUUAUAAAGAGACUCUUUUAAAACAGCUUUUUUUCUUGAUUCUAUAAUAUUCUCACUCAGGUACACAGUGCCAACAAGUGGCUUGUGAAUGUGAUUUUGUUGUUUUUGUGCUACAGUUUUAUUCGAGAAAAAAGACAUUUAUUUUCCUCAUCACCAUAAAUGCACCUGACAGAAGUCAUGACAAACAUUUCCUAUUUGCUGAAUCUUUCUAUCACCCUCAUGCCCAUAUCCUCUUACAGUCAACAAUGUCUUUUCUUUUGGACGAAAGGAUGGAAGGGAGGAUUCAAGUCCCUUCACUCAGGAGUCUGGACAAAUGCUGAAUGACAGACAAUCCCUCCUUCCUCGCAUCUUUUCCUCUUGACACACUUUUCCUUUUUCCUCUUCUCUGUGGGAACUCUGGACAUUGAUGUGUCUCUCUCUCAGGUGUGGAGACAAACUUUAUGAGAUAGCACAAACUUUGUGUUUGCCGAACAGCUGACAUGGAGAAGGUUGUCGUGGAGAGUGAAGCCUCGAGCAGAAUUAUUGUAUGCGUGCACGUUUCGUUAUGUUUGUAAUUCCUAACAUGUGUGUGGAUGAAUGCGCCUUUCAUGAUAGAUUUUAAGUUAAUUUUUGUUACAUGUAGACGGUUGAUGUGCUGGUCAUGUGAACAUUUAAAAACAUUCAAUAUAUAUGUAAUAUUAAAUUCAUAAAUUUCAUGCUAGCAAGCAGAUUGACACUGCAUUGGUGCACAGCAACACAAAAUUAUGAGCCAUCCUUCUUUCAUUCCUUCCUACAUCCCUGUUUCCAUCAUUUCUUCCUACUUCUUUCCUUCCUCCUCCCUUCCUUCCUACUUUCUUUUUCCUUCCUCCACCAUUCCUUCAUACUUCUUUACUUCCUCCUCCCUUCCUUCCUACUUUCUUUUUCCUUCCUCCACCAUUCCUUUAUACUUCUUUACUUCCUCCUCCCUUCCUUCAUACUUCCUUCUUUCCUUCCUCCAUAUUUCCUUCCUUGCUUGCUUCUUUCUUUCCUUUGUUGCUUUCUUCUUCCUUUCUUUCCUUCCUUUCUUUUUUCUUUCUUUCUCAUUAUCUCCCUGAACAACCUGUUUUUCUUUUCAUCAGUUUCAUCAUUCCAAAAGGAAAAGAGAUGGGUAAAGAAUGGUCUCUAGAUAAGAGCCUGUGCUUGAAUGGCAUACUGAAGGAGAAGAAAAGAGUGUCUGUAUAGGACUCCACUCCAUCCUUUCCACAAGCCCCAGCACUCAGUACUCUGUAGAAAGAUAGAAAGGCUCCCAAACACUCAGAGAAACCAGGGAUCUCCACACAAGCAAACCAUGUGUGUGUGCUUAUGUGUGUUUCAAUCAGUGCCCCUUAAUAUAUCUCACAUCUCUUGUCCUCUGCAGGGGUUUGUGUUCUGUCUCUACCUCCUCUUUAUUUCCUUCAAUUUUCCCAUCUAUCACACUGUUUAUCUGUGCAGAGGAGCGUCAGAGCCGUGCCAUCAGUCAUUUGCUCCCUGUGUGGCUUUCACUGACCCACUCCAUCUCACUGCACCUGUGUGGCUGCUGUUGGCACAGCAACAGCAUUUGAUUGACGGCUGACCUAACUGUAACUACACUGCCAGCCUCUCUCCGGCCUGGUGUGGGCAUGAGCGGGCAGCUGGAGGGGAGAGAAACACAAGCUGUUUAGUGAACAUCAGCCAGAUACAUCUCUGCUGUCUGCACUCCUAUAGAUUUACACUGCAAAAAAACAUUUUCUUAAUCAGUAUUUUUGUCUAGUUUUACAAUAAAAAUGUCUAAAAAUCCUAAAAACAAGAUUUUGUGAGAUGUUACGCAAGUUUUAUUGUGUAAGACUUGUUUUCAGAGAAUAUAUCAUGAAUUUAUGUUUGCCCCAUUGGCAAAUGUUUGUCUAGUUUUAAGCAUAACUUUAAUUUUGUGGGGUUUAUGCUUAGAACAAGAACGCAAUUUGCCAAUGCUAUAUAAGAUAUAUUGUCUAAGUCUUAUUAUCUUACACACUUUUCCUUAAGUAAAUCUAUCUUGUUUUAUGGAUGUUUAUAUAUUUUUACUGGAAAACAAAAAUUAUUAAUGAAAAUUGUUUUGCACCUUAAAGCCCUACACAGCACAGCACAAAUCAAAUUAUAUGUUCAGACUGCACACAUAUAAUAAAAAUCGAUACAAAUUAUGAAAACGUAUCAAUACAAAUGCGCAAUUCCACUUUUCUGUCCUACAUGGGAUUUUUCUAAAAAUGUGGCUAUUGUCCCGUAAUCUUGAAGGUACUCUGAUGCCUGCAAUGCUAGCAACAUAAUUUACACACUUAACACUCACUCUGACCGAACGCAUUUUGCGCGAUCCUCUUUGUUUAGUUUGUUUGGUUUAAUCAGGUCCAGCCCCAUCCGUUACAGUCGUUUGUAUUUGUGUUUUGCCUCCAUGUCAACGUCACUCUGCUGUCGAGGUUGAGAGGAGCCGUUUCAGAUUCUGCAUGUCAAUGUUUUAGUUUGUAUUUGCAAAUACUGUAUUUUAUUUUCUUUUAAACUGCCUAUAGUGUAAUAAUAUUAUUAACAAUAAUUAUAAGAUUAGGCAGCAUUUUCUUAAGUUUAGUAAGUUAUGUACAGUAUAAUUUAUUAUUUUCCUCCAGUUGGAGUUUUUUUAUGAUCGUAUGGAAACUGCGCUUGAUAAAGCAUUAUAUUUAGCUGGGUAGUUAUUUAGAUCUAAUUAUUAUGUUCAAUAUUUUCUUUUGUUUUUUUCUUCUUUUUAUGUUUUUUUUUUUAAUUAUUAUUAUUAAUCCUAUUUUGACGCUGGUAUAUCUCUGAGAAAGUGGUCACAGUGAACUGCUGACAUGAAGGAAAAGAGACAUUUCUCUUUUUCAUCAUUUUCGUUUCUCAUACGUGCAUUGUUCAUGAACUCUAAACACAUUUCUAAAAGCACUAGGACUCUGAAUACUCUGAGAAGAACAUGAUAUUUUUAUUUGUAAUGGUUUAUGUAUAAUGUGAAGUUCCUAUCUGUUGAAAUCUUUUUUUUUUUUUAUACUGAAGAUAAAGAAAACUAUAUUAUACCCCAGUUGUUAUUGAACAGAACAAUCCUCUUACGAUUCACUGGAAGAUCAUUGGUUUGGACUGAUGCAUUUGUAAACCUACUGUGUUUUAGAGUACAGUUCAAUUCACAGUUUUAAUACAGAGCAUCUAUCUCUUCAAUCUAAACACAGAAUCUUUCUGAAUUCGUAAUCAGAUUGUCUGAUUCCAGUGACGCUCCAGUGAAUGGCCGUAUUUUUAUCUGUUGGACUCCAGAAUUGUUUUAGCUCCACACUAUGUCUCCCUCUGUCAAUCAAACUCACAAAAGUGAUGUCACAAUCACAAAAUAGCAGCCAUCUGGUGUGACCAUGUUUUCUCAUGUAGAAAUUCCCACAAUCAUAUCAAUCAGACACGUAUACUAGAGGAAGAACUGGCUGGUUUUAACAUACAGGGUCACAUUGUGUCAAUUAUCUGAUGGCACGGUAACCUCAUGGGCUUUAUGAACACAUAUGUGAUGAAUUUAAAGAUCAUGAUGAUGAUGAUGACCUGUAUUAUGAACGAUAAUAGAAAAGACAAUCAAUGUCGUGUGGAGCUCAAAACAAUGUUAAACGAUGACAAACAAAAAGUACUUAUCUUACCAUCUCAACUUGAAAAUCGAGAAAGAUAAUUAUGUAAAUAUAGCAUAGAGUUAUAGAUUUAUAUUUUGUUCAUAACACAGUGUAAUAUAAGUUGUAUAUUUCUUUCUUUUAUUGAUGUUAUUCAUGCCACAAUAAAAGCAAGAGUUACUGUACUCUUAUGGAGGAAAAAAAAAAAAAAAAGCAAGCUGUGGGUUACCACCAUCUGUUCUAAGUUGACGUUUUUCAGUAUUACUGCCAGUCAAGGCUCAAAUAAAAGCAGCAAUGUGUUCUGUAUCUCUA